UGAACUCCGACUUGUGCCACCCGUCUUCCGUGCUCCCGGCAGGACAGGCGGUGCGCGGUGCCCGCUUGGCUUGGACUCGUUUCGCCCCAAAUCCCUCCGAGGGCCCCAUGGCAGACAUGGCGUGUUAACAUCAGAACACUUGAAGGAAGAAAUGAUGCUGGCUGACACCUUUGAGCAUAAAGGAGCUAUCCUGCAGAAUGAGUUCAGAAUGUAAACAACCAGGACUUGCAAAAUACAAUGCCUAGAAGCUUUUGGAAAGCAGUGACAGUGGCUGUGGUGGGAAUGAGAUCCCGAAACCAAGGUGGUGAAAGUUCAUCCAACGGGCACAUCUCCUGCCCCAAGUCCUCCAUCAUUAGCAAUGCUGAUGAUAAAAGUCUCUCAGAAGACUCGAAAAAGAAGAACAAAUCAAAUAGGAAGGAGGGUGAUGUAAUGGCCUCAGGAACUGUCAAACAAUACCGAAAACCAUCUGGAGAAAGUGAAAGAAAGAUUAAGAAAUCCCUGGAGUUAUCCAAAGAAGACCUUAUUCGGUUACUCAGUAUAAUGGAGGGAGAGCUGCAGGCCAGGGAAGAUGUGAUCCACAUGCUGAAGACGGAGAAAACCAAGCCCGAGGUUCUGGAGGCUCAUUACGGAUCUGCAGAGCCAGAGAAAGUGCUGCGCAUCCUGCACAGAGACGCCAUCCUAGCCCAGGAGAAGUCCAUAGGAGAAGAUGUCUAUGAGAAACCUAUCUCAGAGCUGGACAGACUUGAGGAAAAACAGAAAGAAACCUACCGGCGCAUGUUAGAGCAACUGCUGCUGGCAGAGAAGUGUCACAGGCGCACCGUGUACGAGUUAGAGAACGAGAAGCACAAACACACUGACUACAUGAACAAGAGUGACGACUUCACCAACCUGCUGGAGCAGGAGCGGGAGAGGUUGAAAAAGCUCCUUGAACAAGAAAAGGCUUACCAAGCCCACAAAGAAAAAGAAAAUGCUAAGCGGCUCAAUAAACUAAGAGAUGAGCUUGUCAAACUUAAGUCCUUUGCACUCAUGCUGGUGGAUGAAAGACAAAUGCAUAUUGAGCAACUUGGUCUGCAAAGCCAGAAAGUACAGGAUCUUACUCAGAAACUGAGGGAAGAAGAAGAAAAGCUCAAAGCCAUUACUUCCAAAUCCAAAGAAGACAGGCAAAAAUUGCUCAAGUUAGAAGUGGACUUUGAACACAAGGCUUCAAGGUUCUCUCAAGAGCAUGAAGAAAUGAAUGCUAAAUUGGCUAAUCAAGAAUCUCACAACAGGCAACUUAGACUCAAGCUGGUUGGAUUAAGUCAAAGAAUUGAGGAGCUAGAAGAAACCAACAAAAAUCUUCAAAAGGCAGAGGAAGAACUUCAGGAAUUAAGAGACAAAAUUGCCAAAGGGGAAUGUGGAAAUUCCAGCCUCAUGGCAGAAGUCGAAAAUCUCCGAAAGCGAGUACUUGAAAUGGAAGGUAAAGACGAGGAGAUCACCAAAACUGAAUCCCAGUGUAGGGAGUUGAGGAAGAAGUUGCAAGAAGAAGAACACCACAGUAAGGAGCUCAAACUCGAAGUUGAGAAAUUACAGAAGAGAAUGUCUGAACUGGAGAAACUGGAAGAAGCAUUUAGCAAGAGUAAGUCUGAAUGCACACAGCUACACUUAAAUCUGGAGAAAGAAAAGAACUUAACCAAAGACCUGUUAAAUGAAUUAGAGGUGGUCAAGAGUCGAGUUAAAGAACUUGAGUGUUCUGAAAAUAGAUUGGAAAAGGCUGAAUUAAGCCUAAAAGAUGAUCUUACAAAGUUGAAGUCUUUUACUGUGAUGCUGGUUGAUGAAAGGAAAAAUAUGAUGGAAAAAAUAAAGCAAGAAGAAAGAAAAGUGGAUGGACUCAAUAAGAAUUUUAAGGUGGAACAAGGAAAGGUUAUGGAUGUAACUGAAAAACUAAUUGAAGAAAGUAAGAAGCUUUUAAAACUGAAAUCUGAAAUGGAGGAAAAGGUAUACAAUUUGACAAAAGAGAGAGAUGAGUUAGUAGGUAAACUGAAAAGUGAAGAAGAAAAAUCCUCUGAAUUAAGCUGCAAUGUUGACUUAUUAAAGAAGAGACUGGAUGGAAUAGAGGAAGUGGAAAGAGAAAUAACAAGGGGAAGGUCUAGAAAAGGACCUGAGCUCACCUGCCCAGAAGAUAAUAAGAUUAAAGAACUAACACUUGAAAUUGAGAGACUGAAGAAACGUCUCCAACAACUGGAGGUGGUUGAAGGGGAUUUGAUGAAGACAGAGGAUGAGUAUGAUCAGCUAGAGCAGAAAUUUAGAACUGAACAGGAUAAGGCUAACUUCCUCUCUCAGCAACUAGAGGAGAUAAAGCACCAAAUUGCCAAGAAUAAAGCAAUAGAGAAAGGGGAGUCUGUGAGCCAGGAAGCUGAGCUGAGACACAGAUUCCGGUUAGAAGAAGCUAAAAGUCGAGACUUAAAAGCCGAAGUCCAAGCUCUUAAAGAGAAGAUUCACGAAUUAAUGAACAAAGAAGAUCAGCUUUCUCAGCUCCAGGUGGAUUAUUCGGUCCUUCAACAAAGAUUUAUGGAAGAAGAAAAUAAGAACAAACACAUGGGACAAGAGGUCCUCAAUUUGACCAAAGAGUUGGAGCUUUCUAAGCGCUAUAGCCGAGCUCUGAGACCCAGUGUGAAUGGAAGAAGAAUGGUGGAUGUUCCGGUAACGUCGACGGGCGUACAGACUGAUGCUGUCAGCAGCGAAGCAGCAGAGGAAGAAACACCAGCUGUGUUUAUACGGAAAUCCUUUCAAGAAGAAAAUCAUAUCAUGAGUAAUCUUCGACACGUGGGAUUGAAAAAACCUAUGGAGCGAUCCUCUGUUCUAGACAGGUAUCCUCCGGCAGCAAAUGAGCUCACCAUGAGAAAGUCUUGGAUUCCAUGGAUGAGAAAAAGGGAAAAUGGGCCCCCAGUCACUCAGGAGAAAGGUUCUAGAACAAAUGCCAGUGCAGGGCACCCAGGGGAGCUAGUCCUUUCACCAAAACAGGGCCAGCCCCUCCACAUUCGAGUGACUCCAGACCAUGAGAACAGUACUGCCACUUUGGAGAUAACAAGCCCGACAUCUGAAGAAUUUUUUUCUAGCACCACUGUCAUUCCUACGUUAGGGAAUCAAAAACCAAGGAUAACCAUUAUUCCAUCGCCAAAUGUUAUGUCUCAAAAACCAAAAAGCGGAGAUACGACUCUUGGCACAGAAAGAGCCAUGUCCCCAGUCACAAUUACUACAUUUUCCAGAGAGAAAACUCCAGAAAGUGGAAGAGGCACGUUUGCCGACAGGCCCACAUCCCCCAUUCAGAUAAUGACAGUGUCUACAUCAGCAGCCCCAGCUGAGAUCGCAGUCUCUCCCGAAUCCCAGGAUAUGCCCAUGGGAAGGACUGUCCUCAAAGUCACCCCAGAGAAACAGACUGUUCAAACUCCAGUACGGAAAUACAACGCCAAUACCAAUAUUAUAACCACAGAAGACAAUAAAAUUCAUAUUCACUUAGGUUCUCAGUUUAAAAGAUCCCCCGGGACUUCAGCUGAAGGAGUGAGUCCGGUUAUUACUGUCCGGCCAGUCAGCAUGACAGCUGAGAAGGAGGUUUCCACUGGCACUGUCCUUCGCUCUCCCAGGAACCAUCUCUCCUCACGAUCUGGUGCAAGCAAAGUGACAAGCACUAUCACCAUAACACCAGUUACAACUUCAUCUUCUCGAGGAACCCCGUCAGUGUCAGUACAAGAUGGGUCAUCCCAGCGGCCUACACCCACCCGCAUUCCUAUGUCAAAAGAAAGCAUCAUCAUUCAUCAGUUACGUAUGAACUCCAGAUGAAAUGGCAAACCAAACACAUACUGGGUGUGCGUACUUCCUCUGAAUCCCUGUUGAAUGGAUAGAAUUUCUCGUCUUCCAUCAUCACUAAGGUCCUCCAUGCUACUGAUCAUUACUGGAAAUGAUUUACUACUUCCAGUGAAGUUAUUUUCUUCAAGAUGUAUUGUAAAAGCUUAAAAUGGCCUUGUUGAUAUACGAAAAUAGGUAGCAAGAGCAGUUCAAUCUUUGUGCCAAAAGAAUUUUCUCUUCCUUUUGCAAAGCUUUCGGGUCCAUGGGCACAUGCUAUGUAAUUUAUUUUUUAAUACACUUUGUAAUGUGAUUUUUUCCCCCUAAAGUCUUUCCUUUUUCAUAGUCUAUGGCACAUAUAUCUGUAGAAUACACCAUUAGAUCCUCAAAGUGUUGAUUUUUUUGCACCCAAAUGGUAACAUAAUUAUUUUAUCAACUUGUUAUUUCUGAAGGAAAGAAUGGACAACACUACAUUUUCUGGGGUAAACUCAAGAGGUAAAGCUUAGAAGCAGGAGAUUCUCGAGAGUUUUUAUUACUGCUUGUACAAUGCUAUGGUUCUGAUCAUGGUUCAAUGCUAACAAAUAAUGCUCUGACAUAAGCGCUUAACUUUAAAUAUGUAAAACCAGUUUUUAAAGCUGUUCUUUUGGGGGUGCUUGCCAGGAACCCUGGAUGAAUUGAUUUUCACAUGGAACAAAUUCAUAAAAGGAGAUGUAUGAGUUUAGCCAGUAAGGGUUACAGGAACUGAUUGACACUUCAAUUAUGUUUGUUUGCCUUACUUACUUAUACAUACAGGUGUAAUAAGGACUGUGAUAUCAAGAUAUUUCUCACAACUUACCCUAAUGAAAGCUUGAAAAUAAAACUGACAUAAAUAAUGUAUGUUUUAAAAAGUAGUAAGAGAUAUCCCAAGAUAACUUUUUUCUUGAAAGAUAUGAUUUUCACAGAUCUUCAUGCCAUAUAUAGGUUGGAGAAUAUAUUCUUUAAUGAUAAAAAAAAAAAACAUGCCUUACUUUAAAUCUCAACAUCUAACCUUCAAAUAUAGUUUUUAAGUCUUUGUUAAUGUGGAUAUGUUUCCAAUAAGGUCUUAAAAAUAACACCUAAGUAAAUUCAGAGUUGAAACAUCAGUUGCUGAAUUCAGAAACCAUAUAUCAUUUAAGUUUGCUGAGAUUAAAAAAAAGAAUGCUUUUGAGUGUCAAAAGGAUAACUAAAAGCCAAUAUAAUAAUGUUGGUCUAUUUCUGCAGUCUACAGGUUGUAGCCAGAUUAAAAAGCCCAUAGAGGGGAGUCCACACUGAGUCUCUGGAAUAGAAAAAUUAAUGUUGGAUUUCCUCAUCUAUGUGUACUUGCAAGGUUUUAAAGUAUACCUUGUGGAAUUGGAAAAUCAUAUUCAGUUUGUAUUAGAAAUUAAACAAGUAUAUUUUAUGUUAAAAUAACUUGAUUUUCCUAAGUAAAAGAAAUGCUGGUAGGCUUGUUCUAGCUUGACUGAUUGUGAAAGCAUCAUAUAACCUGCAGGGCUUUUGACUACUGAUUAAGAAAAACUAGCGUGUGUAUGUGUGAAGAUCAUUAAAAUUGUUGUUCCUGGGUUUUGUUUUCUAAAUGUUGAAUGUAAUGACAUUUUCAAUUUAAAAAAAAAGUUUUAUUUAAUAAUGUUAUAUUUCUGACUCAUUGUUAAGUUCCCUAUUUGCCAAUGUUUAUACCUCUGAUGGAAAAAAUAUUCUGAAAUAUCACAGAUCAGACUUUGUGGCAAAUAAUUUUUUCUCAACUUGCGGAAACUUUGUUACACUAAUAUUGAAAGGGUGGAGGACAAGAUUUGGAAUACUUUUGACUUUAAAUUAAAACACUAGAAGUGA